CGCCUGUAACACGUCAUAGCUACGUCAUUAGCGUGCGCCGUUUACCUUGACAUUCACGGUGCAGUAUCCAUGCGGAAUGUUUUGAAGUUUGCUGUAGUUGUUUUAUACGUCACUGUGGGUACAGGAAUUAAGGAUGUCCGUAAAACAAGCCUCUAUACAUGCUAAAUGGAUCAUCGGGCGAGUUAUUGGAACCAAGAUGAGGAAGACAGCUAAAGUCCGUGUUACUAGACUGGUCCUGGACCCAUAUUUACUCAAGUUUUACAACAAAAGGAAGACGUACUUCGCCCACGACGCCUUGGAGCAGUGCACUGUCGGGGACAUUGUUUUAUUAAAGGCUUUACCGGAGAGGCGGACCAAACACGUCCAGCAUGAACUGGCAGAGAUCGUGUUUAAAGUCGGGGCAGUGGUCGAUCCCCUGACAGGCAAGAAGGUUGCAGGUCCGGAGUAUCUGGAGCCUCUCACCGUGUCCACAGAAAACCCAGAGGCGUCUUUAACAGAAAAAUUACAACAGCUGAACAUUUCUGCAGCUCCUUCAUCCCCCAAUUCUGCCUCUUAAUGUUGUAUUAUUUUUUUUUUAUAUUAAUGUAUGAAUAUAAACGUGUGUACUUGUUGAUUUGUCACGCAGAUUAAAAAAAUGAGUCGGUUA